UUCAUUCAUAAACCUGUUGAAUCCGUGUGUCUGCGCCCAACACACACAUACACACAUUUCCGUAAGCUCCGCCCCUCCCGGAGCGGGGCAGGGAGACCCGCUGGUGAAUAAGUAACAUUCAUUGAAAGAAGCGGACAGACGGAGACAGACUCCCGGCUUUGGACCGUCUCACCUCCGCAGCAGCAGCAGCAGGAGUCCCGGCGCUGCCUUCGGUGUUGGUCGGUGUUCAGCUCUCAGACGGACCGGAGAACCGGCAGACAGCGUCCAGUGAUGUCAUCGCUGCUCCUCUUCCUCCUCCUCCUCCUCCUCACUGUGGCCUCGCCGUUGGAGUUUCGUUACCACAGCAACCGUGAGAUUGAGCAGCACCUCCUGCAGGUCAACGCCUCCAACCCCGACAUCACACACCUGUACAGCAUCGGCCAAUCCGUCAGAGGUCAGCAGCUGUGGGUGUUGGCUCUGGGUCUCAGUCCACGCCGUCACACCGUCGGCAUCCCCGAGUUCAAAUAUGUGGCUAACAUGCAUGGAAACGAGGCUCUGGGCCGGGUGCUUAUGCUCCAGCUGAUCGACGACCUGCUGCGUGGUUACCGUAACAACGAAACGUGGUCACUGCAGCUGCUGAACAGCACCCGCAUCCACAUCCUGCCCACGAUGAACCCCGACGGCUUCGACUCGUCCAACACAGACUGUUAUUACAGCCAGGGCAGGUUCAACCAUAACGGCAUCGAUCUGAACAGGAACUUCCCCGAUGCGUUUGCUGGCCUCCGGCGGCUACAGCAGCCUGACGAGGAGAAGCGGGAGGCAGAGGUCAGAGCUGUGAUUCGCUGGUUGAAGAAUGAGAGUUUUGUUCUUUCUGCAAACCUGCAUGGAGGAGCUGUGGUGGCCAGUUAUCCUUAUGAUAACAGCAACGGAGGCAGCGAGCUGGUGGGCGGGGCCAGCGUCUCCCCUGACAACGACGUGUUCGUCCACCUGGCCAAGGUGUACUCCCACAACCACGGCUCCAUGCACCAGGGCGACGGCUGCGACGACAGCAGGCCCUUCCUGGACGGCGUAACCAACGGAUACCAGUGGUACCCUCUGUCAGGAGGGAUGCAGGACUAUAACUACGUGUGGGCUCAGUGUCUGGAGAUAACUCUGGAGAUCUCCUGCUGCAAGUUUCCUCCAGCCAAUCAGCUCCCUGCCCUGUGGACGGAGAACCGGGGCUCCCUGCUCCAAUUCAUCAAGCAGGUCCACCUGGGGGUCAAAGGUCGUGUGUUUGAUGGCUCGGGAGUGCCGGUCCAGAACGCGGUGGUGGAGGUCAAAGGUCGCAGGAACAUGUGUCCGUUCAGAACCGACCGACACGGAGAAUACUACAGACUGCUGCUGCCGGGAGAAUACAGCUUCACAGUGACGUACCCGGGUCAUGAGGUUUUGACCACAACACUGAACAUCCCGUAUGGUCCUGAUCAGUACUCCGCCAUGAAACACGACUUCCUGUUGCGUCGCCUCCCCACCACGACCAGCCGCAGCCCGGCGGCUCCUGCUCAGACUAACCCCACCCCCUCCUGUAACUACACCUUACACCUGGAGGGGGGCGGGGCUGUCCCCAGGCCGGCGUGGACGGGGCUGGGCGCGGGGCUCAGCCUGGUGGCGGCGCUACGGUCCCUAAACGGCUGAGAGGGCCUGGUGCUCGCAGGUUUGAACCCUCAACCUGCAAGAAAACAAACAAAGAACAAAAACAUGUGGUGCUGCAGAGGUUUCACCACGCGCCGCCAGCUUCGUAUUCUAAUUUGAGGGCAAAGGGGUGAACCAGGUGGAGGUAAAGGCCCCGUUCACAGCAGAAGGUACAACUAAACAGGUGGUGCUGGACGCUUCGGGACGCAGCGAGGACUCCCCGAGCUAAAAGGACGUUUUCACAGAAGACAUUUUGACAUUGUCAUGGCUUACCGGGACAUUUAAUUAGAAAUGAGCCCUUUAUUAGUUACAUCUGUGUUUUUCCUACUCCGAUAAAUCAAAAUAUCUGCUGUGAUAAAGACCUGCCGGUGAACUACUGUAGCUAGCGCGCUAACACGCUAACACGCUAGCAUUCAGCAAAUGUUGCAAGUGACCAAGCUAACCUGCGUGCUAACAAGCUGCUAACAUUUGUUCUGAAACUACACAUGCAGGGUUAAUAGCUGGUGAGCUAACAUGCUAGCUGCCAGCAAAUAUUGUGAGUGCUUGUCAAUCACAAUGGGGAAGCUAGCUUGCUUGCUAACUAGCUACCAGUAUUUACUGGGUAAUCGGCAAACUAGUGAAGCUGGCUAACAAACAGCUAACAUGCUAUCUGUCUGCCAGCUAAUAUUACCAGCCAAGCAUGGGUUAGCUGUUGAGUCACUUAUGCUGGCGAGCUAACAGCUAAUAUGAAAGGCAACUGGGAACAUGCUAAGAUGCUAAUUAAUGAAAACAGCCACUGCCCCGCCACUUAGUUAACACAGUUAAAUAUUAUUAUUAUUAACUUUAUUACUACAAAUCAUUCCUCUCCACCAGAAGAAGUUAUAUAAAAUAUGAAAACAGAUAAUAAGCUGAUUAGCUUCCUCUGUUUUGGACUCUGUGGCGCUCGAUUCCCUCACAAAUAAGCAUUGUCAAGAUAUUUUUCUAUUAAUUAAUGUUGGAAAUUAACUCACAAAGACUUUUGCACACAUUAACUUGAAGCAGCUUAAGUGAAAAGAAUGUAUUUUUCUGCAAAAUGUCACAGUUUUUAAAUGCUAGUGUGCUUAGCAACUCUAGGAGGCUUAUUAUUAUUAUUAUUAUUAACCCUCCUGUUAUGUUGCGGGUCAAAUUGACCCAUUAGUAUUAUUUCAUAGUAAAAAAAAUUAAAAUAUAAAAUAAAACUUAAAAAUAAUCAACGCCAUGUAAAACCAAUGUUUCCAAUAUACAUAAAAAAUGUUUUAACAUGCAUUUUUUAAUGAAAAACGAGUGAAUUAUCCUCAUUGAACCUGAUCUGUGAGAGGUAAAGAACACCACUGCACUAAAUAUUGAUUGAAAUGGUAGUAAUGGAGUUAAUCAUGAUAUAUAAACAAUGUUUAGUGGGAUUUUUUAAUGGUUUCUGACACUUUUGGAUAAUUAAACACGCCCCACGAACAUUAUUGCUGUUCCUAAGAAACAAACAUAACAGGAGGAUUAAUGGAGCAAUGAUUUUUUUUUUUUUAACCCCUUCUAAAGAAGUGAAAUUAACUACUGAAGAAAACCAUGCAUUGACUUCCUAGAAAGUGUAUUUCUCUACUUGUAAAUUGUUACAAUGAAGAACUCCAUAACAAAAAAUAAGGAUUUAAGGGAAAAGGCAGAGAAAAACCUUAAAAAGUGUUACAACAAACUGUUGAAACAAUAAUACACAAAGU